UGCAACUUUGAAAAUAGGUGUGAGCAACACGUUAUAAUAAAAUAAAAUAACAAUUUAAUUAUUAUUCCCCCACUUGUUUGUGCACAAAUCCCACUUCUAUCUUGAAUCAAAUUAUGGAUGCGAGCAGUUGAAGUUUUGCCGCGCAAAGCUCAUACACCUCAAGCUGUCCCAGUGAGAGUUCACCUGUUACCAAUUUUCCAAGCCUUUAAGCCAUGGGCAACCUCCACGAAACCCUCGGGAUCAACGACCUCAAGAGCAAAAACACCCUCUGGAAGGCCCUCCUGGCCGAAUUCCUCGCCAACGUCCUCCUCAACUUCUUCGGCUGCGCUUCUUGCGUCAGCGCCACCGGCAAACCCACCAGCUUCGUGCUCAUCGCCCUCACCUUCGGCUUGGUCAUCUUCAUCUUAGUCCAAACCCUCGGCCAUGUGAGCGGCGCCCACAUAAACCCCGCCGUCACCGCCGGCAUGAUGUCCGUCGGCAACAUCAGCAUAGUCAAAGGAAUCCUCUACAUCAUCGUCCAGUGUCUCGGCUCUUUAGCCGGCUCGUCCGUCUUGAAAGCGCUGACUCCGGAGCCGCUCCACAGCACGGGUCUGGGGAAUACCCAACUACAGGACGACUUCACUCCAGUGCAAGGCUUCGGAGUGGAAUUUUUCUUGGGUUUCGUGCUGGUUCUGGUGGUUUGUGGAGUGUGUGACCCGAACAGGCCCGAGGCCAAGCCAGCUGCGGCUUUGGCCAUCGGAAUGGCCGUUGGAGUGGGUCAUUUAGCGACCGUUGACUUUACUGGAAGCAGCAUGAACCCGGCUAGGAGUUUCGGGUCGGCUUUGAUUGCCAACGACUGGGACGACCACUGGGUGUAUUGGGUGGGGCCUGUUCUCGGAGGAAUAGCCGCUGCUUUGAUCUACAAGCAUGCCUUUUCUGCCCCCAGUCUUGGUCCUUUGAAGAUCAUCGAGCGCUACACUACGACUGCGGAUGAGAAGGAAUUUGUCUUUGUAGCUGAAGAGGUUGGACGUUAACAGGAGAGACGAAAACUUGCCAUAACAAAAAGACUAGAGCGAUCCAGCGGUUGAUGUUCAUAUUUGUAUAGAAUUAAGCCUUUGGGUAUAUUUUAAAAUAAUAUAUGAAAAAGGAAUUAUUUUAGUGCCUCCCUCGAGUGACUAAGUAGUGUGGUAAAAAUAAAUUCUGACAAAGUAGAUUGACUAAAUCGUAGCUCGAAUGUUCCAAAAAUCUCCACUAUUUUUGUUUUGUUCGCUCGAGGACCUAUAUUAUUUAUAGCCACUGAAUAUAUUGUGAUUUUAAUUUUUUCACUAAUUUUCCGACAUGUACAAACACUAAAACGGCAUUUUAAAAUGAUAGCUUUAAUAAAAAUAUUGAUGUCUGUAUUCUGUAUGUAAUGUGACUAAUUUUUUUAUGUUUGUCAUUAAAUCGAAUUGAUGUAA